CCACACCCACACCCACACCCACACCCACACCCACACACACCACACCCACACCCACACCCACACCCACACCCACACCCACACCCACACCCACACCCCACAAUGGUUAAACACACCUGAAGGUCGUGGUCAGGUAAGUGAUAAAGAUUUUUUAAUAGUAUGUUUGGGUACGAAUGAUGUGGGACGGUACGGUGUCGAGGUUACUCUGCAACGUACUAGUGAGCUCAUACGUUUCAUUCGUCGGUCAUUCCCAAGUAUCCGGGCCAUUGGCUGGUUAGCUUUGUCACCACGAUGGAAACCAACGAGACUUGUCUCCGCGGCCAACAUCGGACAAAUGCAUAAUCAGUUCAAUGAGCAUCUUCAGGUCUUAUCCAAUCAGUUGGAUUUUGACGUUGUUGAUGCGCGCCUUGGGCUUGCGGACAUGCGUGUGGAAGAUGGGCUACAUCCAUCUAACACCACCGGCAAAUGGAAAUAUGAAGGAGCUAUACGUGAAUGGUUCUCUUCUCGUGCUGUCGCACUUUCUUCCCUUCUUUUUCAGCGUCGUCGUCGUCCACCAACACCAGCUCCACGAACAACAGCAACAACAACAUUACAAUUAAAUAAUAAUUAUUAUAAUGAUUUAAUUUUACAACAACAACAACAACAACAACCAUAUCAACGUCAACAACAACAAUAUAGAACAAGGCAAGUAACAACUUCUUCGAAUAAUAUUAAUAGUACUCAGCCAUUCUCAGUUACACCAGAUAGAGCAGUAGCACAAGUAAAUAGAAAUAAUAGAACACAUCCUAAUUUUCCAUCGAGAUCUUUAAUUAAAUAUUAUCCACAUAAGUUAAGGACUAAAGAACAAUUUUUUAGAGAUAAUGAACCACCUAAAGAAUUAGAAAAAGAAAAAGAAAAAUUAUUUAUAAUAGCAAAUAUUUAUUAUCAACAGAGACAUUUUGAAGAAGAAAGUAGAAAAUGGAAAAUAUAUGAACAGGUAGCUAGUAGUAAAGAACAAGAUCUAGAUAAGGACGGGGACGAUGUAAGAAUGAGAGAUAUUGAAGAAAUUCCACAAGCAAGACCUUUUUCAGAAAGAUAUUCGAAGAUAUUAAAUAUGACAGUUAGUGAUACAGAUAGUCAGAGUAAUAACAAUAGUAAUGUAGAGGAUAAGGAUAAGGAUAAGGAAGAGUAUAGUGAUAGUAACACCAAUAAUACAUCAAAUAGUGAGAAUAGUGAUACUGAAGAAGAAGAUAAUAGAAAAAGAAAAUUACAAGAUACAAGUCUUUCACCAACAUCGAAAGGAAAAAUAUUAGAAAAAGAAAACAUCCUUAGAAAGAAAAAAACAAGAUCAAAAAAGAAAAAGAAAGUUGCUAUUGAGAAUGAUCCACGUGCACCAGAGGGAAGUCCGAUUUUAUUAGUCAGUGAGAAUAGUAAUAAAGAAAAGACAAAUCAGAUACCUAAAAGAACACGAGCUGAUACACCUAUAGAUCAAAAAGAGAAACGUUGUCCAUGGAAUGCGCAUGUGCAUGUAAAAAAACCACAAAGAGUUAGAAUGCAACAACAAGAAAUAAUUAAUGAACCAAAUAUAAAUUCAUCUAAUGAGCUUCCUAAGACUCCACCUGGUUUAAAUGAGCCACCACCAAUCAGUCCACGACAGAGUACACCAAAAACACCUAUAGCACCUCCUCGACCAUUGGUUUAUAGUCCCAAUCCUAUAACAUCAAAUAUUGAAAAUGAAAAAGAAAAAGAAAAAGAAAAAGAAAAAGAAAUCGAAAAUGAAAAAGAAAAAGAAAAAGAAAAAGAAAUAGAAAAUGAAAAAGAAAAAGAAAAAGAAAAUAAUAAUAAUAAUAAUCCAAUAAGAUCAACAAUCGAGAUAGAGAUACCCGAUCAUCAAAUGGAAGAAGAUUGUAUUUCAUAUUCACCAUCAGUUAUUCCGAAAGAUUCUGAAAUUAAUAGAAUAAAUUUAUUUAAUUUUCCAAUAGUUCCUAUAGAAUGUAAAUUUCAUUUUAAGAUCUUUCAUUUAAAGGCAGAUACAGAAAAUAUUAGAUUACAUCAAGAAUUUUUAGAAAAGAAAUCGAAACAACAAGAAAAAGAAUUAGAAGAAAUGAUGAAACAAUUUAGUGAAGACUUACAUAGAAAGAUAGUACAAUUUAUUAGAAAUAGUAUAGAUCCACUUAUAGAUAUUUUAAAAAGUUCAAAUCAAAAACGAUUAGAUAAUCUUAUUCUUGAUCAAAUGAAAGAAAAAGCCUUAAGAACGAUAAAAGAUAAGAGUAAUAAGGAUAGUUUAGAAAUAAUAGAAAAAGCACAGCAUAGAUUUGAGAGAAUAUUAGAAUUAAAAUUUCAGUUAGAUAAGUUAGAUAGAAGAUUAAAUGAGAAUAUGCCACCACCAGCAUUAAGUAUUAUGGAUAAAUUACAGUUUAGAAGUAAAGAAUUAAGUAGUGAAGUUAAGGAUCAGUAUAGUGAGCAAUGGAAUAAUAUUUUGAGAAAGACUAAGUUAGA